AUGGCAGCGACAAUCCCAACUAGAUUGCUAAUUCUAUCCGACACCCAUGGCGUCGAUUUCAGCCCAGAGGAUCGACCUCAACAAUAUGCCGACGUGGCUAUACACUGUGGUGAUCUUAGCGACGGAUCCGAGCUAGAUGAAUUCCGAACAGCAAUCCAGACGCUCAAAUCUAUCAACGCGCCCCUCAAACUAGUCAUCGCCGGAAACCAUGACUUUACUAUGGACAUUGCCGCCUUUCAAGGCAAGUUAGCGGAGGCAGCAACGCCAUUGGAACCUGAGCUUGUUGCUAGAGAAUAUGGGACCCCAGGCCAGGCAAGACAACUAUUCGAAGAUGCAAAGAAUGACGGAAUCGUCUUUCUAGACGAAGGGACUCACCACUUUGCACUCCAGAACGGAGCAAAACUUAAAGUCUAUGCCAGCCCCUAUACACCCGCCCUGGGUGCCUGGGGUUUCCAAUAUCACCCAGAUAAAGGGCGCCAGUUCGAUAUCCAAGAAGAAACAGACAUCGUUAUAACACAUGGGCCCCCCAAAGGCAUCAUGGAUUUUACUCACGGUCGGGAACGCGCAGGCUGUCCGAAUCUAUUCACCGCUGUUGCUCACGCCCGGCCUCUCAUCCACUGCUUUGGGCACAUUCACGAAGGCUGGGGAGCGAGGUUGGUUACAUGGAAGGAUAGCGGAUUCGACAAACCAUCCCAUUUCACCUCCAUCGACAAUGGCAAUUCACCCGUUAUCGGGAAACUAGCUGCACUCAGGCCAAACCGAUUCGACUCGGAGGAAAUUGCGGAGGAAAAGCAAGAGAGACUGAGAGAACUGGCGCGCAAUAAGUGUGCGGUGACGAGCCAUCGCAAUCAGGAUCAAGAUCCACUCGAGGCUGGCAAGGAAACACUAUUCAUCAACGCUGCCAUCAAGGGCGAGGAAGAAUUUGUGCAGAGGCCGUGGCUGGUCGACAUCGAGCUUCGGAAGGACACAUGA